GAUUGCUGUGCCCAGCUUUGCAAGAAGUACAAAAAUUCUGUCCAGUGGGUCAAUGAUGUGAAUGAUGAAGUGACGUUCUUACAGAAAAGACACAUUUUGAUUUCCGAAUGUGAAGUUUGCAUAAAAGUGCACGAGAAACAUUUGGAGCGACUUCUUGAACUGACAGGCCUUGACAUGGCAAAGAUGCGUCACAGGCAGGUUCCAAUGCCUACUGGUACACCCCCAACGGAGACCGACAACGAUCCUUUGCUGCCCACUGCCGAAGCAAGCGUGUACCGCUCCUGUGUUGGAAUCUUGCUUUAUCUGCAAGCUGAUGUUACGGAAGCCCAGUUCUGCAUCCGCCACCUCGCAUCCUUCAUGGCAAAGCCUACCAAAGGCGCCUGGAGUUUGCUGAAGCACCUUGUUGCGUAUUUGCAUUUGCAUCACGGGCCCUGCCACAGCCUUUCACGCAACGAGCCCGGGCACGGGCUGGUGGUACAGCUUGAAGGCCAGAAUUUGGUCGAAGGCCUUGAUCUCGGCUAUGCCAGCAUCGCUACGGGCAUCUCAGAGGGAAUCUCCGCCGUGGUGAAGGAGCCCUUCAAGCAAGCGAACGAGGACGGCCUCGUUGGUCUGGCGAGCGGCGUAGCCCUGGGUGCAGCCAGUGCUGUGGUGAGGCCCAUGGAGGGCCUGCUUGGCGCCGUGGAGAAGUUGUCACAGGGCGCCGAGGGCGAAGUCCGCGGACGCUACCGUGGCUAUGGCGGCCUCAGACGACCCCCACGGGUGGCGUUUUAUCCGGAGGCCCACGGCCUCCAAGUGCUUGCCGAGACCUUCUUCUGGCCGAUCUGGCUGAUGCACGUGGACCGCAUCUCGCUGCCGAGCCUUUGGCUCGAGCGCUCUGUCUUGGCCCUCGUCGUGUACCUGAGGCAUUCCUCGUCCUUCACGCAAAACACGGAGGUGAAGAUCCUUCGGGGUUCUGGCCAGGAUAGGUGGUGCGCUGAGGGCAAUCGAGCAGUUGCUGCCGGACGUGUCGGAAAGCUCCGGGGACCCUCGGCCAUUUGCAUCGAUGCCAUCCUGGAGACGAACCUGGAGUUCGCCGAACCGACCCGAGCUCCCGUCGCCUGUGCGGCGGUGGAGACGUCAUGGCUGGCACAAGCCCUGGCAAGCUUGGAGACGUCCUCCUUGACGUGCCAGCUCCAGCGAGUGGAGAAUGCGCCGCUCAACUUGCCCGAGGGUGCGUUGGGUGAAGUGGAGAUGCGACUGUCCCCUGCGUUGGAUCCGAAGAUUCUGCCGGCGCGCUUUCUACCUCCCAGCCAGGCCAAUGAGGACACUGCGGACGAGGUUUCGCUGAGCUUGUUGGGGCCGGUGCGCACAGUGGAGCCGGAAAUGGUCGCAAAGGACAUUUGCCGGCACGCGGCUUCAGGAUAA